UGAACGCGUCAUACUUCCUCCCCUGCUGAGCAGACCGGACUCAGGAGGGUGAAUCUACCUCUGCAUACCGACACACGAUAACGGUAAAUGCUCCUCUGUCUUCAACAUCUGACCCGGGAAACACCAAACCUGACAGCGAAGGAGCCACAACAUCACACUGGACUUCAUCUGUCAGCGUCACGUUAUCUUCCAACAACUCACAGCUGCAUCAUUAGCAGACUAAGCUAACAGGAGGAGGUAGCUAACGACUGUGGCUAAAACUCCUGCUCUGCUGACGACGUCCCACUGCAGAGUGCUGGUCCUGACAGACCCAGCUAUGUAAGCUGCUCUCAUGUGUAGAUGUGUAAAUCCAUACAGGGCCUUGCUGAGACUGCUUUUCAUCUGGUCUGGAGGACCAUACUAUAACUGUGACUUUGACAUCCGUCAGACUUUCAGCUAAUUUGGCUGAACAGGUGUGUGUUGGUUUGGAUCAUAGAGUAACUUGUCAGAGCAGCCUCCGCCCCUCCACUCCCUCUGCUCUCACUGUGGGACUACUAUGCCUCUGGGUUUGGGAAGAAGGAAGAAAGCUUCCCCGUUAGUUGAAAACGAGGAAGCGGAGCCCAUCCGCGCAGGCCUCAAUGUGUCAGGUAUGGACCUUGAUGGAGGUGUUGUUGGGCUGGGGGAAGGUGCCACCUCUGAGGGACUUCCUCCUCUACCCAGCAGCAUGAGACCUCGACUCAUCUUCCACACACAGCUGGCACAUGGUAGCCCCACAGGCCGUAUUGAGGGCUUCAGCAAUGUGCGGGAGCUCUAUGCCAAGAUUGGUGAAGCCUUUGGCAUACCGCCAUCGGAGGUUAUGUUUUGCACACUGAACACUCACAAGGUGGACAUGGAUAAACUCUUGGGAGGUCAGAUCGGAUUAGAGGACUUUAUUUUUGCCCACAUCAAAGGUCAGAAAAAAGAAAUAGAGGUGUUCAAAGGGGAGGAUGCACUGGGGCUGACUAUCACUGAUAAUGGAGCUGGCUAUGCUUUCAUCAAGAGAAUCCGUGAAGGGAGCGUCAUCCACCAGAUCCAGGUCAUCAACGUGGGCGACAUGAUUGAGUCGAUCAAUGGUCACCGUCUGAUCGGCUGUCGACACUACGAGGUGGCUAAGAUGCUGAAAGAGCUACCCAAAGGAAAGCUUUUCACCAUCAAGCUGGUGGAGCCACUAAAGGCCUUUGAUAUGAUCGGUCAGCGGUCUGGAGGGUCCAAGUCGGCAUCGGGGGUUCAGCUGGGUACAGGGAGAGGAACACUCCGGCUGCGGUCUAAAGGUCCCGCUACUGUGGAGGAAGUGCCUUCUGCAUUUGAAGAAAAGGCCAUUGAGAAGGUGGAUGACCUGCUCGAGAGCUACAUGGGAAUCAGAGACAGUGAGCUGGCGGCCACAAUGGUGGAGCUGGGAAAGGACAAAAAGAACCCUGAUGAGUUUGCCGAGGCUUUAGAUGAAACCCUGGGAGAUUUCGCUUUCCCUGACGAAUUUGUUUUCGAUGUCUGGGGUGCCAUCGGAGACGCUAAAGUCGGACGAGUGUAACCACAGUAACUAGAGGAGUGGAAUGGCUUCUGUGUGUGUGACGCCCACAACAUUGAGCACUACUAGGAAACACAACACUAUCGUCAUAAGUGUGUUUUUAUUUCAGUGUAUUCUCCUACUAUUUUUAAUUUAGAGAGUGCCCUUUUGGGAGACUCUGUCUAGACAAAGACAAUAAUGCCAGUUAAUGGGAGAACGAGAAGAAGGAGGAGACUGUGGUGAUUUCCCAAGUGCUUUUAAAUGUCUUCCAGCUUUUCCCAAAAACAUCAAGCACGCUGAUGAGAAUUCCCUCUCACAUGAACCUGCAUGUCAUUGUUGUGUUUGCUGGCAGUGGAACAAGUACAGCACAAGUCUCUUAAUAUGGGAAAAAUAAACUGCUAACACAAAGUAGACAUUUGACACAUACCCCUCAUGCUGCACUGUGUUGCUGUAAACCAACAGUAGAAGUGAGUGGAGAUUGCACUGCCGCUCAGCGGCCGAGUGGCACAGGUAUUUCACAAUACAAGGCGUCGAACUCCCUGAGCUUACAGUUCAGUGUCGUCGUCUUGAACUGCUCCAAUGUUUCUGUUAAGGAUCCGUUUUACGAGCAUGUGCUGGUAUAUUUUUAUUGUCACCAUGAAAUCUGCUGUUUUUGUUUUGUAUUGUUACAGUUCCAGAAGAGUCAAAGUGAUGAGCUGUAGCUCCUGAUGCAAAGAUCAGUGGUGUUUGAUAACACACUCCAUGUUGUUGUGUGUUAACUGUGAAACAUAGCAGCACAUUCUAGUCUCAUGUUCUUACAUUUGACAGUGUUAAAGAAAAUCAGUAUUAAUUUACCUUGUAUGGGAAUGAGAAGCAGAUUAGUUUACAGGUCUGUGGAUUGUGUCGACUUGCUCUUUUUUUUUUUUUUAAGGUAGUGUUUUUGUAUAAAGUGAUGUUAUCUCUAUUUUAAAACAAGGUUUGUGGAACAGAUGAUGAUGAACAGAUGAUCUUAGCUCAUGCAACUAUGUCAGGUAUUACAGGGAGCAGUAUUAAAGGAGGUAGAAGGAGAGUUGAGAGAUGAAGUAGUUGUAUUUAAAAAGUGAGGAAGAAAAAUUAGUCUGUGAAAUGCCUUUUAUUUGUUUCCUCUUUCCAUGCAGUUUAUAUAUUUUGUUAGAUGUCUACAGUCUGGUGCACGGUGCUGGACAAACAAACCGUACUUCCAUCAUGUGUUGCAUCGACGUGUGUUCUUGCAGCCACACGCAAACUUUGGUGUUUUCAGACGGUCCACAUUUAUGAAGCUAUUUUGUUUUUACUGUUUAGAGUUAACGAGUAUCUAAAUGGGGUUAUGUGAUGAAACUGAUGCUAGAACACUGUAACACUGAGAAGAGCAUUAUUUUGAUGGCUUUGUAUUACACUGUUGUCAUUGUCCAAUUGUAAAUGCAAUAAUAACAUUGACAUGGCA